UGAAAAAACUAAAAUUAUUAAGGAUGAGCUAAAGAGUUAUUUUUUAAUAAUAGCUACGCCGGUUAUCAUCACUUAUAUAUAAGAGUUUAUUUUAAGUUAUUUUCUAAUUCUUUACCUCAACUCUUGUAAAAUUAAUAGAUUUUAAUCGGAAUCGAAGUAAAAUUUCAAUUUUUUUAAUAUUUGAUCCACGAAAAUUCAAUAUAUCUUUUUGAUAAAUAAUGUCAUGUAGCACAAGAAACAUGUUUAUAAUAUCUAUAUAUCAAUAUUAAAGAUUAAUAGUAUAACAAUUUUUUACAAAAUAAUUUUAUUCAAUAAAUUUCUUUUAAAUAAAUUUAAAAAUAAAUUGUGUUGUUCAGAGCAAACGUCGAAUCGGUCGAAUACACAUCUACAUAUAUCAUACAUGUACAUAUAAGUCUAUAAUAUCAAACUCUCUAAAGGCUGGUAGCUCACAUUUAUUAUGUGCAAAAAAAUGUUUUAUAAACGUUAUUUGGCUACGUAGUGAAAUUAUUAAGACCAUAGAAUUCCCAUGCAAUCCUGCAGCUGAGCAAUCCUUCCAAACAUUUGUAGUAAGCAGCGAUAUUGACCGAAAUAACUGAAUAAGUGCCUUUUUUACUAAACAGUUAAUAGUCAUAACAGUUCUAACUUAAUAACAAGUUGCAAAGUAGCCGUUAGCAGAAAAAAAGACCGCUCAUCACUAAUAAUUAUAUAUUUCUAUUUCGUCGUGCGUCAAGUAUCUGGUACGAGCGGACGAAAAGUCACUUGGCGAUCUUGGUUUUACGAGACGUUCGGCGAAAGUAAAUCGAUUCACAAUCCGUCAUCGAACUCGACGGCGUUCUCUUUGAGCGGAGACCUCGCGACCGCCUUGUCACCGAACCUCAUGAGAUAUUACGUCCAAAUUGCCCGGGCCAAUCUCGGCUGGGACCACGGCGAUCGUCCGCGCGGCGGCCGGCUUGGCCGGGAAUGGUUAUGAAUGGACCACGAUUAGCCGGUCGCCUCGCCGUAGUGGCGCCGUACCAUGCCACGGACUUCUUCCAUUAUGGAAAAUUAGAUCCUAAUGCGACCUCGACCCGUCGCUCGCGUCUCCACCGGCCACUGGCGUAGGAACGGCGCGCAACCGUACGCGCUCCUACACGGCGAUAGACAACCACGGCGUGGCUCUAAAACAAAGUUGCGCGCAAGUGGGUCGUUCAAUUUAAAUUAAAGUUUUCGUAACUCGCAUAAACGUACCCGACGAAUGGCUCUUUAGCGGUAGAAUUAAAUUUGUCGUUUUUGUACAUUUGAUACGUUGCGUUAAAUUUUAAGAGAAAUCCAGCUCACCAAAUUACGCCAAUUAUGAAAUUCUUAGCAACCGGUUGGCUACCACUCGCGAUGCGGUUUUAUAGGCACGGUUUAAUCACAGCCACGACGCAAACCGCUGUAAAAGCGGCUCGUAUCAUUCGCCCAUGUGACGGAAAAAAUUUGCGGUAGCCUAAUGACAGCCUCUUGUCUUCAUUCUCGAAUCGUUGACGCAAGAUGUGCCUAGAUUUUAUUUUUCUUUACCCACCUUUUAACCAGAUCUUAAGAAAACUUUGGUCUCUAACGCGUUUUUUGUUAUUCGUAAAGUGUCCUCGCCAGUGACUCGUUUUAUUUCUCGUUUUUUUUUUCCCAAAAAUUAUAAAAAUGCUCCGCUCGCACGGACACGCCGCUGAAAAAAAAAAAUACUUCUUGGAACAUAUUGCGUUUCAUAAGACGGACUCGAUAACAUUUGAAAUUCAAACCGCACGAUUAAAGUCGCAUUAGGUUCUUGCGCGUAUCCGCAAGGCUCUCUCCCUGCACGAAGUUGUGAUAUUUGUGAUUUUUAACAACCGCCGUUCUCGAGCUUGCAUCGCCUACCUGCGUCAUGCACGCGGCUUGUUUCGCAAAACCAAAAAAAGCACGAGCAAAUUGCGAGCUCGUACGAUCUCAUCCUUUUUUUUAUAUAUAGUAAUUGACGUUCGAUAUAGAGCUACGAUUACGCAGGUGUCGAGAUGGACUAAUGUAUUCUCAACUGCGAGAACAUCCUAAACCUUGAAUCGUGAAAAUAUACACGAAAAAUAUACGAUAUUUAAUAUUUGAUUCUACUAGGUGUUAAAUAUAGUUGCACUCUAUCUGCGAACUUAUCCAUUAAUACGCGUUCUUGCUAAUGUAAACUAUAUACUAUUUACUUUUUCAUUUCGAUAGUGCAUCGUAAUAUACAAAUAUUUAUAUACUUUUCAACGCAAUCUGCGAUACGAGCGUUAAUUUAAAAUUAUUUGCUGACUGUAAUAUUAUUAUUAAUUAUGCUGUUGACCGUUAUCGCGGAUCAAAUAUUAGUAUCGAUUUCCUUGCACAUUACCUGUCGUAACGCGAAGCAAGAAAAUGCACGAGUUUGAAAUCCAUUUGUAAAAUUAUGCUGUAAUAAGUUAACGCGUGAAUGCACAUGGAACGUAUGAUCCAUCGAGCGCCGUAAUAUAGUAUGUUAUAUCAUGCAAAAAUAAAAUAGAUCAUAAUGUCUUAUCUGAUUAAGUGACUGUCUCCAAGAAAUGUAAAAUAUAUUAAAAUAUCGUAUUUUAAUUCGAUAUUAUGCAACAGUAGCAAACUAUAAUUCGAUAAAUAACAUACAUUUGUUUCUUCACGAGAAUAUAGAAUAUGUGAAUAUGUAUUAGAUAUAAAUAUAACAGACAGAAUAAUUCUCCUAUAAGUAAGUAUAGACAACAAUUGAAGAGAACAUUCCUUGGCUUAUUUUAGAAAAAAAAGAUAGCAUAUGCUAAAUUGCUUUGUUCUCAAAAUACAGAGUUAGAAAAAAGUUAACUCUAAAGUUAAGAAAAAAUGUGAGAAUUUAAAAAACACUUAGACAUAUUUUAUCCAAUUUAGCUGUGUGUACAUGUAGUAUUUAAAACAAUUUUCCGAUCAAAUAUCUUUAUAUCCAUGAGUAGUAUUGGUAAUCAUAUUCUUUUAAAAACAAGGCAGUUUAGGAUAUAUAUUUAUAAGACUUUUUCUUUUUAAAAUAAGUCCAAGAAUUCCUUUUAGUAUUUCUUUCAAUAUUUUUUGUACCUUUUGUACUUUUUUACUUAAAAAUCUCCGCGCGUAUAUCUAUAUAUAAUAGAUGUAGAUCAUUUAAAGAACAAAUUUAGAACGAUUCAAAAUCAAAAUAUAUACAUAAUUUCUUUCAACUUUAAUUUCGAAAAGAAUUGACUUAUGUUGUCUUAAAUAAUAUUCACACAAUAUAGUAUAGAUUAUACAAAAGUAUAUAAAAUCACGUAUGAUUUAAACAAAAGGAAAUACGCAAGCCAUAUAUGCAAAUUACAUAGCUAAUCAGCGCUAUCGUAGCUUACAAUCAAUAAAAAAAAAUUAUCUCAAAUUAUGAGCUGAAAAAUCCAAUCUUCACAUAUUUCAGUUAAUUGCAUCCGCGACUGUGUGUGGGAUAAUGCAUUAAGAGCACGAUCGUUGAAAAGGCAAUGGUACAAAACAAUUUGCAUGUAAUUUCCUGAACGCGCGACACGAUUAAGGAUAAUUCUAAAUAACAAUAAUUGGCGAGCAAAUAAUCUGGAACAUUUUAAAAGCAUUUAUGGAAUCGUAAAUCGUCAAACGUGAUCGCGUGGCGAGUCUAAUGCAUCUUCUACCCUCACAAAGGGCUAAUAUACCCAGACAUCUUCGUUUAUCCUUGUUUCUUCUUUUUUUUUCCCCCCUCGGGACACGCACACGAGCGGACACCAAGCGCGAAGGAUCUGAUCAAUCGAUCAGCCCUGAUAGGCGAGGAUCUAACGCUACGUCCGGAUCCUCCGCGUAGCGCGUAUCGGUAUUUAAAUAACGACGGGGCGCGUAGUAUACCGUUAUGUCAAACUACGACGCUCGCGAGAGCUCGCGAAACGAUACGACUCCGAGUCACGUAAAGCGGCAAAAGGGGAAGCGCGAGAGAGCGGAUGAGAGAGGACGAGCGAAGAGGUGGUGGAGGAGGAGGAGGUGGGGGGGGGGGCCAAAGCGCGAGAGGCUCUUCUCGCUUCUAUACGCCGAGAGGGCACCACCAAAGUCGCCGCGCGUGCCUCCUUCCAGCGACCACGAGCUGCGCGCGCAUUUCUGCGGCUGAAUUACCGUGGGUCGCGGAGGGGAUCGCCGGCGCAACGGAGAAAGCGGAGCCGAGGAAGCGGUGCGGUGGGACCGAGACGGCGCAUGACACGGCACACGGUGAGGGUGCCCUAGGUGGUCGCGAGGGUGGGGAGAGAGAGCGGGCCGCGGGAGAGGGAUGGUGAACGAAGUCGAGGAAACCAGGCACGGCACGUAGGCGGUGAUGGGCGGCGACGGAUUCCGGUUGGGCCCCGCCUCGCGGACCCGACCCCUUUUUUGCCCGGGGGCCGCGGAGUCCUGGACGUUUCCCUACCACCUAAUAUCCCCCGUCUGGUUGAGACCAAGUCGUCCGGACGGUCGGCAGUCUGUCACGGGGCGAAGAACGGGAACCACGGUAAUCCCGGACCUUUUCCACGGAGAGCCUCCUUUUUUUUUUAAUUCCGAGCGACGGUCGGCCGCAAGGACGACACCGGAGCGCGUCCGGAUACGCGAGUCUGAAUCCGUGAUCGCAAUCCGGUCCCGUGAUCUCGAGUGCAGUGCGUAAAAAAAAAAAGAAACGAAAGCAGCUGAACAGAACUGAGAGUGACGCGGAAGGACUUCUCCUUCUCUCUGGUGUGACUUUUUAACUUCCGCGGUGCUCGAUUCCCGCGGGUCCACCGGCUACGGCAACCCCAAGUCGGCGUCGAGAUGCUAACCGACAUGACGCCGGCGGCGGCUGGUCAACUCUAUCCCCAGCUACAGUCCAUCACCAAGUCGCCGGUGCACGGGCACGUGGAUCAUCCGGGACUACGAGGCACACCUCUGGCCAUGCUGGCGGCGCAAUGCAACAAGCUGAGCAGCAAGAGUCCGCCGCCGCUGGCAGACGCGGCCGUGGGCAAGGGUUUCCAUCCGUGGAAGAAGAGCCCGCAGAGCAGCGGCAGCUCGCCACAGCACACGACCGGCGGCGGGGGAGGCGGCGGUGGAGGGGGUGGAGGAGGAGGUGGUACCGGCGGGUGCACAACGACGGGAGUGAGCCAGAGACCGGCGGCGACAAGCAGCGCCGGCAGCACGACCGGUGGUUACGCCAGGGCGCCGGUAACGUCUUGCGCCUCGACCGCGCCGCAGUACGGUAGCGAUCUGUAUUUCCCCGGGACGGCAAGCGCCCAACCGGCCGGCGACCCGCAUCAUCAUCAGAGUAGUCUUCUGGGCAAGGUUGAGGGGGCGACCCUGGGCUCGGUGUACGGCAGGCAUCCGUACGAGUCGUGGCCGUUCAACGCGAUGCCAGGCGCAACGCACGGCGGAAUAAAAGCGAGUGACGGUUGGUGGGACGUGCAUGGAGCCGCUACCGCCGGCGGAUGGCUGGACGUGAGCAGCACCGUCGGCGUCGGCGUCCACGCGGCGCAAAUGGCCAAUUACUCGGCCGACUACUCGACGAGCCUCGCUCUGGCCGGCAAUCACCUGCUGACCACCGCCACGACGGCCGGUCACAAUCUCCUGCAAGACACGUACAAGUCGAUGCUACCGGGCGGACCGCCCGGUUUCGGUCUCCAUCACCACGCGGCCGCCACGGCCGGCGCCGGCGCCGGUGCCGGGAGCCCCCAGGGCAGCGGCGGCGGAGUCGGCGUCGGGGGCGCCGGCGUCAGUCAAGCGCCUUCGCCGCGCUCGCAGAGACGUUACACCGGGCGUGCCACCUGCGAUUGCCCGAAUUGCCAAGAAGCCGAGAGACUCGGUCCCGCCGGCGUGCACCUCAGGAAGAAGAACAUCCACAGCUGCCACAUACCUGGUUGCGGUAAGGUCUACGGGAAAACGUCGCAUCUGAAGGCCCACUUACGGUGGCACACUGCGGCACCUUCGAACCCACACCGGCGAAAAGAGAUUCGCCUGUCCGGUCUGCAACAAGCGGUUCAUGCGCAGCGACCAUCUCGCGAAGCACGUCAAGACCCACAGCAGCAGCAGCAGCAGCAGCGGCAGCAAGGGCAAGGGGGGAGCGGGGAGCUCGUCGGCCGAGUCCUGCUCCGACAGCGAGGACAACGGGAGUCAGCAGAGUCCCACUUCCAGCUCGGUGCCGCAGCCGCAGCCGCCGCAGCAGCCAGCUCAGGCCCAGCAGCAGCAGCAGCAACAGCAGCUGGCGGCGGUGGCGGCAGCGGCGGCGGCGGCAGCGGCGGCGGCGGUGGCGGCGGGCCAGGACACCAACACCACCUCCCCCCAGACCACCACCACCACUCUCGGCCAUCAGCCGACAACACCCAUGACUCCAAUACAGAUGACCCCACCGCCUCUGACCCCACACCAUCCCCACCACCCGCAUCUCCCGCCUCUAAUGCACCAUCCUCAUCAUCACGCAACCUCCGUCCCGGCGGCCCACCAUCCGCACGCGGGGAUGAGCAUGCACUGAGCCCGGUGGGGCCCGGAGCCGGUGCCUGCAGUACCGCUGCCGCAACGGCCCUGGGCUCCCCCCUAUCCUACCCCCUCAACCUGAACCUCAUGCAGAAUCACUCGACCAUCAAUCCAUCGACUCCCCAUCAUCACCAUCAACAACACCAGAAUCAUCACCAUCACCAUCACCACCAUCAUCACCCAUCGCACCAACAGCAGCACUCGCGACAAAAUAACUCCUACUCUGUGCAACAAAAUCCUGGCACGCCGGGGACCGCGCAGACUCCCUCACCCUCGUCCCCCGCGCCUGUACAUAGUCUCUAAGCGGUUACGAGCGCACUCGCGUCCAACAACCGGUCACAAUCCACCGCACGUCCGUCCGCCGCGCUCAUACACGCAGGCACGAAUGAUACAUACACGUAGACACACACGGAGAUACACACGAAUCUAGUUCUCCCCGUCCUGGUUCUAAAUACGGAGAUGGUCCUCGUAACGCACGCACGCGGAUAUUUCAAGAUUUUUUAUUUGUACAUAAUAUAUAUAUUUAUAUAUAUAUAGGACGCAAAAGAGAGAAAGAGGGAGAGAGAGAAAG